AUGGUCUCUACAAGAAGUGUACGAUAUAAAUUCAGUGAGGGAGAGCGCGUUUUGUGUUAUGAACCGGACCCGACGAAGGCGAAAGUGCUUUAUGACUCCAAGGUACUGGAAGUAAUAGAAAACAAAGAUAAGCGUGGAAAACGCACAGUUGAGUACUUAAUUCAUUUUCAAGGUUGGAACUCUUCUUGGGAUCGCUGUGUUAGUGAAGAUUUUGUUCUAAAAGAUACAGAGGAGAAUAGGCAGUUGCAGAGGGACUUAGCGGAGAAAUCACAGUUGCAAUUAGGUGCAUAUUUAUAUAGACGAGAACGAAAGAAAGGAAGUAGUUCAACAACAGGUUCAAGUACAGCUAAGAGAGUGCGACAUGGAUUUAGUGACGAUGGUUCCUCAAGUAGCACACAGCCAGAAGAUGGAGAGAUGGCAGUGGACACAGAUACCUCAUCAGGAUCUAGAUCCAGUGCACCUCAAGGGUCUUCACCAGUACCUGGUAAUUCAUUGUGUCGUGCACAAAUUACAAUACCACCAACAUUGAGGGACCGCCUAACUCUCGACUAUCACUUAAUAGCUAAGCGCGGGAAAGUAGUAAAUGUGCCAGCAUCACCGAGUGCUACUGAAAUCUUGGAGUCUGUGGUAAAAUGGUUCGGCAGGGCUGGAGCGUGGAAUCCACCCAGGGGGAAACACGAACCACCACAGAAGCCGGAUAUCCUUGAAGUAUCUGCGAGGUUAAACCUUGUUCGAGAAGUGGCAGAUGGCUUAAGAGUAUAUUUCGAUUUUGUAUUCCGAGGACAUUUACUGUACAAACAGGAGGUGGCGCAGUACCACGAAAUGUGCGGACAAUAUAACGAUUUUCCUACAGAUAUGAACUCGGAUGGUGAGGACCAGGAAAACCAGUCACCAGAUGACGAGCAAGAUGACGACGAGGAUAUCAAAAGUCCUCGGCUGCAGGAGUACUCACAUCUACCCCCGGACCCAGACUACGACGAUGACGAGCCUCUGGUGAAAAGAUUUAAACACGAAGAUAGACCGAUAAAAAAAGAAGUGAAUGACGAAGUACACAUAAAAGUGGAAACCAUUGACCCGGAGCCGAUAGCCGGUCCUUCACACUAUGACGAUAGCCAGGCCGCUUUAAUUAAUGUUAAAAUCAAGAUUGAAAAACAAGAAAUACCAGAAAAGCAAGAAGAAGAUGACACAGAGGAAAAAAUAAUUACACAAGAAAACCAUGAUAGAUAUAAAAACGACAGAUGCAUUAAUAAUGACAGAGGCGAUGGACUCAGCGGGAGCGAUGCUCACGACAAAAUUGACAGUGAACACAAAUUUGACAAAGUCGAGAUGAGUGAUAGAAGUGAUAGUGAUAAGGACAAAGUUGAAAGAAAUGGCAAAAGGGAGAAGAAUGAGGAUCCUGCAGUAGGCGGUCGGGCGGGCACUGUUGCUAGGCGGUUGCGUUCAAACAAGUCAGUACUGUCUCAAUCUGAGAGCGAUGACACGACGUUGACACCCACCGCGACCGAACAAAAAGCCUUCGAAACACCUUCUUCGAGUGCGGUUAGUAGCGGGUCAUCAACGAGUGAGUACCGCGGUGGAGAGGGGGAUGAUAGGCGGGGCUUGAGACGGGAGCAGGCGUACACUCCCCAAACAACCACGCGAAACCCUCUUUCUCUGCUUAUGGAUAAGGUAUCGAAGUUUCAGUUGAUACCACGAGAAGGCACAGAACAUCUGCCAUGUAGAGUUUAUGGCGCUAUUCACCUAGCGAGACUUUUCGUGAUAUUACCCCUUUUCUUAAAUUCGACACAGAUGCCAGAUAUGAAACUGAAAUUAAUCUUGAAAUAUAUUGACAUUUUUGUUCAGUACCUCGACGAACAUAACGAGUGGUUUGGUGAAAAUUUCUACGUGCCUAACAAUUUCCUACACGUCGACUAA